AUGGCACGCUCAUUCCUUCUUUCCACUGCCAUUCUGGCUCUUGGCGCAUCAGCGCAAACAUCUGGCAAGUUCACAGAUGAAAAGACAGGCAUCACCUUCCAGGGUUACCAUCACUCUUCCGGCUACACACUGGGUUAUGCCCUACCUGAGAAGCCUACUACGGAUGUCAUCAUUCAGCUUCAAGCACCCAUCACCAACGAUGGAGGUUGGGCUGGUUUCAGUCUGGGACAAUCUAUGACCGGUAACCUGCUGGUCGUUGCUUGGCCUCACGAGGACAAGGUCCUUGCAUCAUUCCGGGAGGCAACUGGCUACACCAACCCAGCUGUCAAGACCGGUGACUUCACCAUGUCUCCUAUCCCGGACGGUACUUUCGUCAACGACACCGCCUUCUCAUACACAUUCUUGUGCUCAAACUGCAUAAGCGACGACCCAUCUACUGGCCUUGUCAUCUACGAGGACCCAAGCGUCAACGUUCAGGGCUGGGCUUACUCUGACAAGCCGCUCGCCGACUCCUCGACUGCUGGCGCGGUUCUCAACUACCACGACGCUGGUUUCGGAGCUUUCGGACUGCCCAUGAGCAACGCCACUAGCCCCGAUUUCGAGAAGUGGGCUGCCCUCGCGGUAGCUGGUACCCCUAGCACCCCCGGCGCUGGUAACUCUACUGCCCCAGCCACUGGUGGCAACUCGACUGCCCCAGCUGGUGGAAACACCACAGCCACCAUCGCAAACUCUACCUACGACUACAUCGUUGCUGGAGGGGGCGCCGCCGGUAUCAUCGCAGCUGAGAGGUUUGCCGAGAGCGGCGCGUCUGUCCUCUUGAUCGAGCGUGGUGGCCCAUCCUACGCGUUCACUGGCAAGACUGAGGUCAUGCCUUGGAACGACACUGUCUCCAUGUAUGAUGUUCCUGGAUACGGCUACUACCUCAGCGAUGUCGGUAGCCCAGCUUACUGCGCCGACACUGCGGAUAUGGCUGGCUGCCUGCUUGGCGGCAGCACUGCGAUCAACGCCAUGAUGUACGUCAAGCCCCAGGAGCGCGACUUUGACGACAAGUGGCCCGCUGGCUGGAAGUGGACCGAUGUCGCCAAGGCGGCUGACCGUCUGUACGAGCGUAACCCCGGUCAAACCUACGGAUCCGAAGAUGGUGUCCGCUACGAUGAUGGCGCCUACGACGUCCUCUCCAAGUUCUUCGAGGGCCAGGGCUGGACCGAGACCGACUUCGUCAAGGACCCCAACGCAAAGGUCGAUGUUUACGGCCACCCCACAUGGAACAUCGCCGACGGUCUCCGUUCCGGUGUCGUCAGGACCUACCUUCCCCUCGCCCAGAAGCUCGACAACUUCGAGCUGAUGAUGAACACCAACGUCGUCCGCGCUGUCCGUGAGGGAUCGGCGGUCUCUGGUAUCGAGGUAGAGACGGCGGAUGGCAAGCGCGUCAUUUAUAACGUCAACAAAGGAGGUAGCGUCAUCCUCGCAGCCGGAUCCAUGUCUACUCCCCGCAUUCUCUUCAAUUCUGGAAUCGGUCCCGCCGACCAGCUCAAGACAGUUGCCAGCGGCAGCAGCAAGGUCACUCUCCCCGACGAGGCUGACUGGAUCGAUCUCCCGGUUGGUGCUGAGAUCAAGGACCACCCCAUCUUCACUGUCAAGUUCAACACCAGCACACCGCUUGCUGCAACUGACAAGGACGCGCUUAUCACCCCCAACCAGACCACCAUCGAUCUGUUUGCCAAGGGCUCCGGUGAGCUCGCUCAGUCUGGUCAGCGUCUCAACUGGUGGUCAUCCGUCAACACCACUGAUGGCAGCGAGAUCUUCUUCCAGGGUACUUGCAACUCGCCUUCCGACAACACCAUCCAGAUGAAGGUCUACAUCACCCACGGUCUCCAGUCUGUCGGUAGCCUCGGUAUCACUGCUGAUGGCGCCACCUCCUUCAUCACCGACCCCCACAUGACUUCCGAUGUCGACACCGAGGCCAUUACCAUGAUGAUGGACCGCUUGAUCGCCAUGACAAAGGGUGGCAACUCCACUCUCACUGUGCAAGCACCUGCCGGUGUCUCCAACGUCACUGGUGCAGACCUCAUCAAGUCCUUCAAGACCGGUAGCCACUACGUCGGCACUGCCAAGAUGGGAACCAAGGGAGAUGCUGGUGUUGUUGUUGACACUGACACCAAGGUCUACGGUACCGACAACCUUUUCGUCGUCGAUGCCUCCAUCCACCCCGAUCUUCCCACUGGUAACACUCAAGCCAUCGUCAUGGUUGCCGCCGAGGCCGCUGCCGAGCGCAUCCUAGCCCUUGGUGGUAGCCCUGCCAGCGGUACCACUCCUGCUACCCCUGAAGAGGUCAGCUCCGGCGUACCAGUUGCUACUGCCUCGGCCCCCGCUGCCUCAUCCGCAGCGCCCACCAGCGCGGCGUCGUCUGCUGCCCCUACCGCCGCACCCGAGGAGUCAGCACCACCUGCUGAGUCUGAGGCACCUGUUGCAUCUGCCUCUCCCAGCCCGUCUUCGCCCGCUGAGUCUUCUUCCACUCCCUCCGCGCCUGCUGAGUCUGCUCCUACCACCACACCUGCCCCCGCUGAGCCCGCCCAGCCCAGCACAGCCGGAGCCUACGAGCGCUGCGGCGGCAUCGGUUUCACCGGCCCCACCGCUUGCGCCUCCGGCUGGAAGUGCGUCAAGCAGAACGACUACUACUUCCAAUGCCUCCAGGGUUCGGCUUCUAAGCGCGGCCGCUCCGAGCCUGUGUCCCUUCGUCACGACGCCCCCACCAGGCGUGCGAUGAACGGCCACAAGCCCGUCAGCCCUGUUGUUGUCAGGGAGCACGUCCAUGCUCAGAAGCUUGGAAGGGCUACCUUUAUCGACUCUUACCAGUCAUAG